CACGCUUACCGCCUCGCUGAGGUGGCGGGAUGACGAAGGUGACGUUGGGAGUCAGCUUGUGGUGGGGUGGAGGAAGCCGCGCGUUGCGCGCUACGUAGUAGGUGGCUCCGCCUCGAUUGCAAGUUAGUGUUUACGAAGUCACUGGCUGGUUCAAUCGGAGGACCGUGGGACAUUCUGAAGGGAGAUAGGGACGCUGACGGAGCGCUCCCACGUGGGGUGAGCUCGCCCAAGCGGGGAACGGACGGCAGGUGCCCAGGGGGCAGUGCCUCCAGCUUGGGGUUCGGUCGUGGGACAGGUUCGAACCCGGGAGUGCUGGCGACCGGAGGGGCGGGGCCACAGACUGCAGGGUGGUCGGGAGCGGGCGGGGCUGCAGAUUCGGCCGAGCCAGGAAUGCCGGAACAUCAGACCACCUGAGCUCGGGAGGGGCGGAGCUGCGGCUUCGCCUUCGCUGCCGACGACCGAAUGCCGAACCGCCUGUGCUCGGGAGGGGUCGGGUCUGCGGGUUUGCCGGAGCCGACUACGUCCGAACGCCGAACGGCUGGCUCUCGGGAAGGGCGGGGCCUCAUACUGUGGGAAUGUCACUCGGAACCCGAAAGCCCAAACGCCGAACCUCCGUGGUUCAAAGGGGAGGGGCCAAGCUCCGAGCUCUCUGAAGAGGGUGUGGCCUCGGCAGCGCCUUGGCCUCCAAAGGCGCUCCGGUCAGAAGUCGGGAGCACCCGAAGGGAGACGUUUGAUGUGGAACAGGGCAGCACCAAAAUGGACCUUUUUAAGGGUACAAGGCGCCGCGUUUGCAGGGGUUUCUCUGUGAGCCUCGUAGGCGCGAUGGCAGGAGGAUGCUGGUGGUGGAGGUGGCGAACGGCCGCUCCCUGGUGUGGGGGGCCGAGGCGGUGCAGGCUCUUCGGGAGCGCCUGGGGGUGGGGGGCCGCACGGUGGGCGCUCUGCCCCGCGGGCCCCGCCAGAACUCGCGCCUGGGCCUCCCGUUGCUGCUGCUGCCCGAAGAGGCGCGGCUGCUGGCCGAGAUCGGCGCUGUGACUCUGGUUAGCGCCCCGCGCCCAGACCCCGGCCACCACAGCCUGGCUUUGGCAUCUUUCAAGCGCCAGCAAGAGCAGAGUUUCCAGGAGCAGAGCGCCCUGGCAGCUGAGGCCCGUGAGACCCGUCGUCAGGAGCUGCUGGAGAAGAUUACAGAGGGCCAGGCUGCCAAGAAGCAGAAGCUAGAACAUGGUUCGGGGACCAGUGGGAGCCAGGAGGCUGGUGGAAGUCAAGCUGCUAAAGAGAAGGACACCAGUGCUGGCCAGACUUCUGGAGAACAGGAGGAAGCAGGCCCCUCCUCUUCCCAACCAGAAUCUUCAGAUGGGGUGACCCCCUUACCCAGAUCUGCUCUACUUGUUCAGCUGGCCACUGCCAGACCUCGACCUGUCAAGGCUAGGCCACUGGACUGGCGUGUCCAGUCCAAAGACUGGCCCCACGCUGGCCGGCCUGCUCAUGAGCUGCGCUACAGCGUCUACAGAGACCUGUGGGAGCGGGGCUUCUUCCUCAGUGCCGCUGGCAAGUUCGGGGGGGACUUCUUGGUCUAUCCUGGUGACCCGCUCCGCUUCCAUGCUCACUAUAUUGCUCAGUGUUGGGCCCCUGAGGACCCCAUCCCACUCCAGGACCUGGUCUCUGCUGGCCGCCUUGGGACCAGCGUCAGAAAGACCCUGCUCCUGUGUUCACCGCAGCCUGAUGGUAAGGUGGUCUACACCUCCCUGCAGUGGGCCAACCUGCAAUGAACUCCAGAGACCUGGGGGCUAUGAUUGGCUGGCUGUGACAACAGUCUUUGUAGAUGUGCCCAAGCUCAUCUCUGCAUGGGAGGCUGGAACACUUUCCUACCUCUCUCUACGGUUAGUUUUUGAUUCUAUGGAUUUGAACACUAUGCCCUUUUUAUGUUCCUCCCUGUUUCAAAGCAUUUACUGACCGUGUUUUUUGUAGUACCUAUCUCUACACUGGGCUUCUGAAAGUGAGGAUUGGAUUUGAUUCAUUUCUGUUUUCUACAGGGCUUAAGUCCCAGAAGGUUUCAAUAAACUUGUUGAAUAAACGU